AAGUACUGUUGUGCGACAUGCCGUAAAUCAUGUGGCACUGUUGAGCAAUACUUAAUAUUUUGUUGUUCUUAAAAGAGAAACUGUCUCAUCAGGCGUUCACCAACUGAGUCCAAACAUUGCCUGACUUUCGAUUUUACAGUACUUUCGAUUUUUGAUGUGAUUUGUACCGACAUACACGUUUCAAUUUUUCGGAAAAUCCGCGAAGUGAUCGUGUUUUCCUGUGUGACAUAAGGAACUACACUAACCGCAUUCUGUUGUAGAAGAACAGGGUUUGUCCAGUGAUCCUGUUUCUGCCACCCCCCGCUCCACAAAACGAUGCUGGUCACCGUUUUCUGCGCGCCGAGGGAUCGCCCAGAAACCACGUUUGCCCUCGACGUGUCCCCGGAGCUGGAGCUGAGGGACUUUGUAGCACUUUGUGAACUGGAGUCAGGAAUCCCAGCUGGGGAAAUCCAGAUCACGUAUGUAGAGCAGCCCCUAAAAGACCCCACCCGUGCCUUGGGGACUUACGGUGUCAAGGAUGGAGAUGUGGUUGUUCUUCGACAAGCUGACAGAAGGCCUCCACAAACUCAACCAGCCUUUCCAGGCCUGCCCCGUAUCGACUUCAGAUCCAUCACAGUCCCUGGCACCUCAUCUUCACCCAAUCAACUUUCUGCCCCGCAGCCGCGGCAACAAGCUCCGCAGCAGCCACCGCCGCCGCAGCUGCACCCCACACAGCCUUCUACGCCAAUGGCCUUCCGCGGCUCUUCGCCACAAGGCCUGGACAACCCCGCCUUACUACAAGAGAUGCUAUUAUCCAAUCCACACGAGCUUUCUCUGCUCAAGGAGAGAAACCCUCCACUUGCUGAGGCCCUGCUGAGUGGAGAUUUAGAGCGUUUCACCAAAGUGCUGCUGGAGCAACAACAGGAUCGAGCCAAAAGAGAGCAAGAGCGAAUCAGACUUCUGACCGCUGAUCCGUUUGAUUUGGAAGCUCAGGCAAAGAUUGAGGAGGACAUCAGGCAGCACAACGUGGAGGAGAAUAUGACAAUUGCAAUGGAGGAGGCCCCAGAAAGCUUUGGACAGGUGGUUAUGCUGUACAUUAACUGCAAAGUCAAUGGCCAUCCUGUGAAAGCUUUUGUUGACUCAGGAGCGCAGAUGACCAUCAUGAGCCAGGCGUGUGCAGAGCGCUGCAACAUCAUGCGACUGGUGGACCGGCGCUGGGCGGGGAUCGCCAAAGGAGUGGGCACUCAGAAGAUCAUCGGCAGAGUUCAUUUGGCUCAGGUCCAAAUAGAAGGAGACUUCCUUCCUUGUUCUUUCUCCAUAUUGGAGGACCAGCCGAUGGAUAUGCUGCUAGGCCUGGACAUGCUGAAGAGACAUCAGUGUUCAAUCGACCUGAAGAAGAACCUGCUCAUUAUCGGCACCACGGGCACCGAAACGCGCUUCCUGUCUGAGGCGGAACUGCCGGAGUGCGCCCGGCUCGCGUACGGACCAGAAGGACGUGAGGACGCGCGUCCAGAGGAGAUCGCUGACAGAGAACUGGCAGAGGCGCUUCAGAGAUCUAUACAAGAGAGUGACACUGCAGAUGGACAAACUACCUCACUGCAGCCCUCGCCAUUUAUAUUACCAAGACCCUUAGACCGAAUUGCCAUACCCUCCUCUUCCUCUCAAAGCCCUUCUAGUUGUCAAUCACAGAACCCGACCUUGGAUAGCUCCCAGUCUGCGCCGGCCGCCGUGCAGCAGGCCCCACAGCUUCCUGAACCUUUGACCCCAGAAAACGAUGCUUCUCCACCUCAGAGUGACCAUUUCCACCCUCUGCCUCUCCAAAGCGAAUCCAACAUGUCCCCCACUCCCAGUCCAACAUCAGAUAUAUUCGCCAGUGAGUCCCAGGACCCCAGUGGGGUGGCGCCAGCUGACGGUGUUGAAUCUGACCAGGUGGAGAGCUCUUCACAUGAGGAGUGUUUGCCCGAACAGCCCAUGGACCAGGAGGUGAGCGAAGGCGAUGCGGCGGAGACCGCAGAGGCCGACUCUGUCGAAAUGGCGUGUCCCGCCAGCUCCGCUGAGAGGGAGCAGCCUGACGGUGACCGCUGCUCCAGCUCCGACAGCAUCCCGUCCCUAGCGGCGGCGCUGAAGGAGCUCCACGAGCUGCUGGUGCAAUCGCAGAACCGCAGCAUGUCCUGCUCCCCGCCCCACCCGCAUGGGCAGGACUCGGACAAAGCUUCCCCCGAGCCAAGCACACCGACGCCAGAAAACACCCAGCCUGCUCCUUCUACUGCCAACGCAGCUGCUGCAGAAACAAGUGAUGCCAAAGCUAACUGUGCUGCUGACGAGGAACCAUCGGAGAGUCCUGACCCUGACCUCCAAGGUCAGGCUGAGCGUCUGCAUGAAGACGCAGCAGAAAUAGGGGAAGGGCUCGAACCGCCACGGUGCCCCGACAGCUCAGAGGACAGAGAAGAGACCUGCGUUAGCGACAGUUCUCAGCCUGAGCCGGAGGUUUCCCCCGGUUCUGCAGCGGUGCCCGAGUUCAGGGAGCCACCGGAGGGGCAGCCUGGUCGAGGAGUCGCAGACGGACAAGCCGCCAACACCCCGGAUUCCCUUCAGAUGGAGCGAGCUUUCCUCAGCCCUGCAUCAGCGGCUGCUAGCCCGCCACAGGAAGUUUCAAGCACCUCAUCCUCGUCUGCUCCUCUUCUCACUCAGGCUCCUCCACCUUCUUCGUCCCCGGCCCUCGUUCCACCCUCUCCACGUCCCUUUAUGGAACAGUUCCCAGCCGAGCACAUCCACAGGAUCCAGGCGGCGGGUUUUUCUGCCAGAGAGGCGGUGGAGGCACUCGAGCAAGCCCACGGCGUAGUAGAGAUCGCUCUGCUGGCUCUUCUGGCUCGCAGCAUCACUGUGCCCACCUAGACUCAUGAGCAAUCUCACAAGAGUCCCCGGCCUCCCGACUCAGCAUCUGUCUUCUUUAUACCUUGUUGCAGAUCCAGAUGUUUCAGUCUCCUGUUUGAAAGGGAGCUUGGAAAAGCCACAGGCAACACAAAAACACAAAAUCUUGUCUAGUAUAUUUUGGUCUACUUUGUAACACAAAUAUUUUUAAAUACGCUCGAAAUAAGACAGAUGUAGCUUACAAGUAACUUUUUAGCAAGAUGAAGGAGCUUGUUUUAUGUCAGGG